AUACAGUCUUGUGCCUGAUUCUCGCUCUAGCUCACUACGAAAAAGCACGACUGUCGGCUAUCUACUGCUCUACACUACCAGCGAAUGUAACCUGCACACUCCGCUCUCCGUCUAUAAGGAGAGCUGAUUCGCACUCCAUAUAUGCAUUGGAAUACUAUUCCGGCCUAUCAAUUCCCCCUUCUGUCUGACCUUCACUUACACUCAGGUACUACUACGCCAUCUCCCUCGCAGUAGUCGUGCAAGAUGAAGUCCUCGUGGCUUCUCACCUCGCUGAGCACUGCAGCGGCAGCCCUCACUCCGGCCGAGUACCUGACUUGGGCCGCUGAUACCUAUAUCCGGGAAGGCGUCAAGAAGGACUACCACUACACCACCUCCGUCCUCUACACCGGCUAUGAAGCUGCCAUCGCGCUGACCGCAAACGAGACUCUGGUCGACUGGUAUCGGUCGCAGAUUGAUGAUGCUGUCGUCCUCCAGAACGGGUCUAUUGCCAAAUGGAACCUCACCAAGUACUCCCUCGAUGAUUACCGCAUGGGCAACAACUUCCUAUGGUGGUACAAUCGCACGGGGGAAGCCAAGUACAAAAGCGCCGCAGACAUCAUCCGGGAGCAACUGAAUCGCCAUGAUCGAAACAAAGAAGGAGGUUUCUGGCAUCGAAACCCAACCUACCCCAAUCAGAUGUGGUUGGAUGGCAUCUUCAUGGCCGACACCUUCUACGCCCAAUGGACCAGCCUGUUCGACUCGGCUAAUACCACUGCAUGGGAUCACAUUGCGUUACAGUUCGAUCUCAUCGAGGAACACUGCAGAAACCACACUUCGGGACUGCUGGUCCACGGAUACGAUGAGAGUAAGAGUACAGUGUGGGCCGACCCCGUCACUGGAGCAGCACCAAACGUCUGGAGUCGAGCAGUCGGCUGGUACUUUAUUGCUCUGCUCGAGGUCAUUCCGCUCUUCCCUGCGACGCAUCCUGCCAAGGCGAGACUGCAAAAGUACUUUGUCACUCUGGCGGAAGCCUUGAAGAGUCACCAGUGUUCCGAGUCAGGAGGUUGGUGGUUGAUUAUGAAUGAUCCCUAUCCGGGAAUGGAGGGCAACUACAUUGAGAGCUCGGGAACUGCAAUGUUCACUUAUGGCUUUUUGAAGGGUAUCGCCGAUGGGUAUCUGACUGCUGGGGACUACUAUGCCAGUGCGGAGAAGGGGUAUACGCUGCUGACAGACAAGUUCGUCCUCAACAACACGAACAACGGAACCAUGCGAAUGGAGGGCACCGUGUCGGUGGGCAGCUUGAGCGGUAACGGGACAUAUGAGUACUAUAUUGGCGUGCCUACUGCUGUGAGCGACUAUAAAGGCGUAGGGCCUUUUAUGUGGGCAAGCCAGCCUCUGCUUCAUCUCCAGUAA